AAUCACAAUUUUCAUCCAACUCUUAAUCUCCUAAUCAAAUUUCACUCUCUUCAUCAAUCUUUGUAAGCAACACUAUCAUGGCCAGAGGAAAGUCCAAGAGCAAGGCCUCCAAGAAGAAGACCGCCUCCGAGGCUACGAGCUCUGCGCCUCAACCCUUCCCAUACCUGGACGGCUCGUUUCUUGAGUUCGGGUCGGAAGAGGAACUCACUCGCUUCAUCACCCACUUCGCCAAACGCCCAAUCUCUCCGCCAAGAGUGCUGCCCGAGUUGUACCCUCAACAAAAGGGGUACCACGACCUCGACAACCAACUCAAAGAGUCGGGUCUGUGGCCGUUCGUCUCCAGAAGUCGUCAAUCCUACAAUCCUGCCUACGUCCGGGCUUUCUACUCAAAUCUCCGCCGGGACGGAGACACCAUCCGCAGUAGCAUCAAUCUCUACGACAUAGAGAUUGAUUUGGCUACCUUCGCUCGGAACGCAGGGCUGCCCACCCGCGGUGACGACAUCGCCACAUAUGGCGGCGAUGAUUGGGUCCUCAACAACGAGGCGGUGGUCAUCCGAGAGCUGGGAAUCACCAACCUCGUCCGUCACAGCGGCGCACCAACCAUUCACUCAGCCCCGCCGGAGAAGCGUCUCCUACUCUAUAUCCUCACCCGGAUUCUUCGCCCCCGGGACGGUAGCCACACGUGCCUUUUCAACGAGGAUCUCAAGGCCGUUCAUGCAAUCACCCAUGGCGCCUCGAUCAAUUGGGCGAAAUACGUCAUGAUUCACAUGGCGAACUGCGCCUCCAUCACCAACGAGCGGAGCUUGCCAUACGCCUUCCUCGUCAUGGAUCUCAUCAGUGCCUCCGACAUCCACAUCGUCGGCCCGGACACGAAGAUGACGAAGCUGUGGAUCAUCCAAGACAGCACCUUCCGGAAGAAGUCCGGUGAUGGAACAGGUGCUGGACCGAGUCGUGCCCGUGCCCCUGCCCCUGCCCCCGCUCCCGCUCCCGCCUCACUGCAGUCCAUAGCCGAUACCCUGAAUCGGCUAACCGUCACCGUGGAUGGCAUGGGCCAGUACCUGGAGAGGAUGGACUGGUCGAUACAACGCCAACGCCACAACAUGAGGGCGUACUUCCGGGGCAUCAACUACGUCCCGCCGCCCUUUGACAGCAACAUCCUCGGCCAAAACUUUGAAGGCGAGGACGAGGAGGAUGACUCCUAUGCUCCGUCCUCCUCCCCCGACGAGGCCGACUUUGACGACGCGGUCGACGGGGAUGCUAUGGACAUCGAGGACGACAAAGAAGACGAUGACGAGGACGCCGCUGCCUAGACUCUUCUUUCUUUUCCUUUCCUUACUAUGACUGUCUUUAUUUUCAUUCCGUUGUAUUCCGCAUUUCCUUUUUUAAAGAAAUAAAAGUUCACUUUUAAAUCUAAAGUUUACUUUUAAUUCUUUUUGUUAAUGUCAAAAGGGGGAAGAUAUCAAGGUUAUGCAUAAAUUGAAGGGGAAUUU